AAUCAUCUCUCACCGGUUCCACCUGUUUCCACCUCCAUAUAAACUGCGUUCAGACCAGUCAUCAGUGCCAGAUCAUCUUUCUGCGCAUUUCGGUAACAGGCCGUGACUGGAAGGUGUAGGACGGAGCAGACUGAAGAUGCUGUCGAUGCUGAUCACAGCACUGCGGAGCUUCACUGAGCUCAACUUCCAGUCGUCUGCCAUGUUUGAAGGGUCUGAGUCCGGCGAGGUGGAGGGCGGGAGCACCGUCGCUUCAUCCAUCAGCGCCUGCAAGAAGGUUCUGUGCAGCAACAGCGUCCUGGACUCCUCCGAGUACUGGCUGAAGAACGAAAAGACUCUGUGCCGGCUGGGCCUGCUGGAUGAUGAUGCAGACGGCAGCUGCACCCUGAUCUGUUUUGUGAAUCUGGACCCUCGCAAAACAAACUGUCGAGAUGAUGAAAACAACAAGAAACUGGCAUCAGUGUCUCCAGACCUGCCAAAGCUUGUUGAAUUACUGACCAUCCACCAGCCCAAAGAAAAUGAGAUCCUACUGCUUGGUGGCCUGGGAGCCGCAGAAACAUGCCAAGCACACCCACACUCCCCCCAGCAGGGCGGGCAGCGCACAGGUGUGUGUCUGCUUCCAUGUUCCAGGAAGAGGCUGCACAGCCCUCCUGCAAGCAUCGUCUUUGAGAUCAACAAGUUUCUGAUCGGUAUGCAGUGGGGGACGGAGCGCCAGAUUCAGCAAGUCCGAGCCGCUGGACAGAAGGUUGAUGAUGACACCAAUCGCUCGAUCUCGUCCAUCGAAGAGGACUUUCAGACAGCAUUAGAACACCUCGGAGAGGAAAGUGAAGAUGAUGGCUUGAGAAUUGAAGCAGAGAGUGGCGACGUGGGGCACAGCUCAGCCGAGGCGGCGCAGAAACACUGUGUCAGACAUGCAUGUCACAGGGGACAGCUGGCGCGUCAUCACAGCCAGGACGACGGUGACGCAAAAAGGGAGGGGCUUCCAAGUGUGAGUCUUCAUACAAAAGAAUCCGCCGGCCACUACGCAACCAACCUAGCUGAGUCGGUAUUGCAAGAUGCCUUCAUACGCCUUUCUCAAGAUGAAACGUCCUUCGUCCCUGAGGCGGCAAUCAGCGUGUCCCUCUCUAGUUGUCCUUCCAACAGACCUUCAAAGAACAGACAGCCUUCCCAGCAGCGCACCUGCUCCUUUGAGCUACCUAAAAUUGUCAUAGUUCAGAGCCCAGACAAUUCAGAUGGAGCUGCAGAAUGGUCAGAGACGCAGCCAUCACACGCUCACGAUCACAACAUGCCUGAAAAAACAGAGGAACGGCCUGAGACUGGGACCGUUGCUCCAACACCUCAGCACAGCGGUGGACACAAACACGUUGGGAUGGCGUUGGCCUGUGCCGCCGCUGUUAUUGGCACCAUUUCUUCGCCGCAACUGACCGAACAGCUCGCUCUCGAAUCUGCUUCAGUGGAGGCAGGAGAGGAGGAGCUGCAGGAAGUAAAGGAAAAAAGCGACUUCUCUGUCUCUUCAGCUAUGUGCGGCAUGGCUCAAGUAGCUGGAGCGGUAGCGGCCGUGGAGUUAUCCGAGGACUCAGCAGGAAGGUGCGAUUCCGACGCAGAUCCCACUGACAUCUACACGGCCUCCCAGGGUCUGAUGUCCGCAGCCAAGGCCUCCACAGCCUUCCCGCUGCACUGCAACGUGGCAGCAGGCACAAGCGUGGAAGCAUUUCGAGCUAAUAUUGCUGAGGUCUUGCACAGGGAAGCGGCAGAGGUCCUGACUCAACCACAGGGUUAUAACAGUGUGGCACACCUGCUGGAGACCACACAUAACAAAAUAGUGGAUGGCAUUACAUGUCCCAAAAAAUACUGCAUGGAUGAAAGUGAGGUGGAUGACCUGAUAAACGAGGUGGCCGACAGCCUAUUCAAGCAUGCUUUGGAGAAGGCGAAGAAGAGAAAGGAGCUGGAAGGUGCUGGAAAAGAUGCGCCCAGCCUCCAGGUCUUUCUUCAGGACAGCGUAAACAACUUGCUGUUUGAUAUUCUCUUCUUGACCCAGAAGAAGAUCAGUCAUAUUUCCAAGGGUGACCAAGGGACGGAGGAAGCAUCUGACACUGAUGUUUGUGCUCAGAAGCCUGCUGCUGCAAAGGAGAACAAGGAUCCAUUGAGUCAGCUGAAGAGCUUGGUCAGCAAUAGUCACUCCGCCAACAGCGAGAACCUGAGUGCCAUGCUCCACUGCACAGAGAGGUUUUCCACAGUUCCCGGACUGAAGCAGAAACAGGUGUCUGAAGAAGGGGACGUGCUGGCUUCUUCCUCCACAGCGCACUUUAAAGACCAACAGCUGCAGUCCCAACGCAGACUCAGUCAGCCCAAACCUAAAGACUUGCCCGAUCAGCAGCAGAACAAUGGUGCCAUCAGAGAACCUUUUGGUGACAUGCCAGCUCACAGCACAGAGAGGAGGGGUCGAUUGGUGAUGGGCGGUGACAGCAAACAGACCUCCCUAAUUUCACAGUCCUCUCUCAACUCCUGUAGCUCCCUCCUCUCCUUAAGAACGGACGCUGACUCCAGGGCACCUAUCACUUGUUAUGCCGAGGAUUUGGCUGCCACGGUGGUGUCAAUGGCCACGGAGCUGGCAGCCAUCUGUCUGGAAAACUCCACCGGGAAACAGCCUUGGUUCUGCGCCCUUAACGGGACAUCAGCCGAAGUAACAGAGACCUACUUGAUGCCAGCUUGUCGCACAGUUUUAAGGCGAAAGGAGUGUCAAAGCAGCAACGCAGCCUCUAGGAAACACCGGGCCCCGCGACUCAGCGAGAUUAAGAGAAAAACAGAGGAGCAACCAGAACUGAUGGAGAGGCUGGUUAACCGGGUGGUGGAUGAAUCGGUCAACCUGGACGAACCGCAGGACCCGUUUGCCCUGUUCGCCUCUGAAGUCACGGCAAGAAUCAUGAAUUGCCCCGAACUCAACGUGGUGGAUACCUCCAAGACUGGCCAGCAGCGCAGCAGGCUGCAGUGUGAAAAGUGGAGCCGCGUAAAAGCGUCUAGUUAUGAGAGCAUUCCAGAGGAGGAUGCGGACCCCUCGGGCGCACCCAACACCUUGGGCCCAGGCAGUCGCUUAGGUCAGAACCUAAGCCGUGGUAGCUCCAUUUCUAAGCAGUCCAGCUGCGAGAGCAUCACGGAUGAGUUCUCACGGUUCAUGGUAAACCAAAUGGAGACUGAGGGCAGGGGGUUUGACCUUUUGCUGGACUACUAUGCAGGGAAGAACGCCAGCACCAUCCUGGCCGCAGCCGUGCAGCAGGCUGCCACAAAGAAAAACGGCCACCUUAAUGUCAGAGCUUCCUCCUGCCUAUCCAAGCAGUCGAGCACAGAGAGCAUCACAGAGGAAUUCUACCGCUUCAUGCUCCGGGACAUGGACAAGGAGAACAAAGACUAUGGCAUUGCCAAAACUAAAGAAUGGAGCAACAGUCUUUUCCCUCCUGCUCCAAGAACACCCUUCUGUAUCCGGCAGUCUUCUGUCCCCGACCGGCGCUCCUCAGACUCGCGAUUGACAGUCAACUCGCCCAUAAAAGCCAACUCUUUCGAUGGAUUCGCCCGCAAUGUGUACGGAGACACUCUAAAUAUCUAUCCCACCAACUCAGUAUCAGCGACGGGAUUGUGCAAGUCAGACUCCUGCCUCUAUCAAAGGGGUAAGCCUGAUCACAUUACUGACAUGCUGAUCCAUGAGACCUGGUCAAGCUCUAUUGAGUCCUUGAUGAGAAAGAACAAAAUCAUUGCUGAUCCGGAGGAUAGCAUCGAGCUGGAGGCGUCCGGAGACUUCCAGCCUCACGUGCAACAAUUCGCCAAUCGACUGGCAGCUGACAUCGUUGAUAUCGGCAAGUCUGCCCUUGGAGGACAGCAAGACGCAGCGGGGACGACGGCUGGGUCGCACACGCAGCCGCACACGCCUGUUGUUGAGAGGAGGAGGGGGUUCAAACAGUCUCAUCUGACAUGCUUCCGAAGCAGGUCCAGCCAGGACCAAGCUGCUGCUGCCGUAGGGUCCGGAAGCUGUGAUGGCAAUGCUCCCUGCACCAGGGGUCCAAGAGAUGUGCCACUCAUCCACAUUGAGGGAGAUCAAAGGGUUGAAGAGACUCUUUCAAAGCCUGAAAGGACAGCAGCAGGAUCACAGGAAACAUCGGUAGAUGCCAUGCGAAUGGAGAUUCCUAUUCCCGGUAGCAGCAGCAGUGAGAGGGACAAGCCAGCUGUGGCGGUGGCUGCAAUAGUGAAGAGGGACAAGCGUUCAAUGAGUGCUAGCAGUGAAGAGAGCAUGGGGAGCUGGUCUCAUAUAACUCCCGAAGAUGACCCCCACGAGGAGACCAGUAGUUUUAUCCAGCUGAGUGAGGGGAACGGGACCAGCAGUGCGUCUAGCCUCGGCCUGGCAGACCUGGAUGCCUUCUCUGACGUUCCCUCUCAAAGCGCAGCAAUGAGCGAGGAGACAAAGAAAAGUCAACUGGAGGGAACAAAGGUGAAGACCUUAGAGAGCUCAUCAGGAAGUCCCGCAGGCAGCAGCAGUCACCUCAGGCAGCUUUUGGUGGUAAACUGUGACCUGGACCAAGAUUGUGAAGACUCUGAGCUCAGAGUUGCUCUGCAGUGGAUCGCUGCCUCUGAGUUGGGCCUUCCUGCUCUCUACUUCAGAAGGUCCAAGGAGAAGAGGUUAGCAAAGCUUCAGAGGGUGGUCCACCUGAUGGCCCAGAAGGCAUGGCGGAUUGCAGACUUGUUCAGCGCUGUGGCCCAGUUCUGUACGCUACACCAGACCCAGGAAGAGGGCAGGUCUUUUGGGGCCAGCCUUUUUGACUGGCUUUUGGAAACCAUUUAGGAGAAUUGGACCUCCUCUUACUGUAAACAGAAUCAGACACAGUUGCCCAUCACAGCUCAUCUGCAAUGAAUUUGUUACUGUUUGCCUCAUUCUGGCUCAUCUCUGUGUCUCUUGCUGUAAUCUCCAAACACAGCUUUGUGGCUACGACUGAGAAAAUUCAAGGUCUCGUAUGGUUCUCCAAGGUGGUUUGCCAGUUUAGCGGGAGAAUUUGACCAGCUUCCCUUUAACUCAAGCGUGUUUUCUUGUUUUCCAUUUUAUCUUCCCUGUGAGUUUUCUACAAACUCACAGCAUACAAUUACCAGCUAUAUAUGGGUUCAGUGUUCCUGAGGGGAGCCACCUUUCGAGUUUUUAAAGUUUUCAAAAGUCAGCACAUUUUAACAAUUUCACAAUACAUAUAAACAUAAUGUAUUAAAAAAAAAAAAAAAUCUGCUCCUCUUUCCAAUCCGAUGUGCAUAUUUGCUCUACGCAGGCAGAUCCUCCACAUCUUUGUUUUGUUCCUUGGCCAGUCUGCCUCCUCCGUAGUGACUUUGCCAUCCAUUCCUGUGUCAGUUUGUCGUUUAUCUUCCUGUUACCUGAGAUCUGUUUAUUUUGGAUAGCCGUAUACUGUAAAUACUGUAGAUUUUGGAACCGUUGCACCUUGGAGUAGUGGACUGCUCUCUAUAGCUUUUAAUAUGUCCAAAAUACAAAGUGAGGUUUGUAAUGUUGAAUUUGUAUGUGAAUUUGCUCGUCUACUUCUCUACUUAGUGGUGAAAUUGUGCAACAUCAGCAUCAGGUGGGGGUCGGUACAGAAAAAAAAGCACACAAUUCAGCUGUAAACUCUCACAGUAGAACUGAAUGUAUUUAUCUUUUGACAUCAAUAAAUUUCUGUGAUGUGAAGAAAAA